UUCCCGCACUUCUUAGUUCUUGUCGUCGUGCAAUUGCGCCGCUGUUGCAUAUAUGCACAACUGCGCGGCCUGCAAUGACGACGAGUUCGGUGUCCGUUUUGUCGGCGAUACCACGCUUAUCGCAUCACCUUCGCGUCGCUCUGCCUCACGUUACGUUCUGCGACGUGAAACUAGGCUCGGACGACAGCGUUCAGCAACUUUCCAAAGCACAGGUCCUAGUCGCUGAUCCACAUUUAUUGAUUCCUUAUGUUGAGAAACUGCCAGCCACGAAAUGGGUGCAAACCACUUGGGCGGGAGUCGAAGAGCUUUUAUCGAGCAUAAAAAAUAAAAAUUUGCCGUACGUUAUCACGAGAUUUACGGGAUCGAGUUUCGGUCAUGCCAUGUCUGAAUACGUUGUAUCGCAGAUAGUCAAUUUCGAGCGCGAUCAAAGAAAGCAGUAUGAAAACCAAAAAUGUGGCUUGUGGAGCCAAGACGGGAAAAUUUCGAAUCAUCGACGCAUAGCUGAUCUCACGAUCGGUAUCUUGGGUCUGGGAGAAAUCGGUAGUUUUAUCGCGAAAAUUUUGAAAACUUUCGGCGCAACAGUUUGGGGCAUGUCGAGGUCUAUAUCACCAAAAAAUAAUGAAUAUAUCGAUAGACACAUUACAACAGAAUUCUUACCAGAUUUAUUAAAAAGCUGUGAUUACAUAGUCAAUGUAAUGCCUUCAACGAAUUCCACUAAAGGCUUAUUAAACGGCGAUAUUUUGAAGAACUGCAUUGAGAAAAAAUCGGUGUUUGUUAAUAUUGGAAGAGGUUCUAUUAUAAAAGAAUCAGAUUUAAUCAUCGCACUUGAAAACAACUGGAUUUCCGGAGCUAUACUAGAUGUUUUUCAAGAAGAACCUUUAGAUAAAACCAGUAAACUAUGGACGUUUCCUCAGGUUACGAUUUCUCCUCAUGUAUCGGGAAUUUCAAGAGCUCAAGAUGUAGCAGAAGUAUUUGCAGAAAACUACGAAAAAUACUUAAGAAAAGAACCGCUAAAAAAUUUGAUUGACGCAAAACGAGGUUAUUAAUUAAUCUGGUUUUAGGAUUUAAAUACGCAAAUUUAACUAAAUAUAUGUAAAAUAGAUAUUUUUAGUACAACUUUAAAAUUUUUCAAAUUUAUUUAUUAUGAAAUAGUUUUUAGCAAUAUUAAAUGCUUCUAAGAAUAGAUACAUGUUUGUGUUAUAAAACUUUCUCAAGUUUUGUAAAAAAAUAAUAAUGAACCCUUUUUGUCAAAUUUAAAUGAUAAAUGCUUUACAUUUUUUAAACAAUAA